CUGGAGGCGAGCUCACACAGACUCCAUUAUCAUCACCACUGCCGACGCCGCUCUGUGCGCGCGUUCUUGCUGCUCCAAAAUAGCAGAGGAAAUUAGUAGAAGGGGGAAGAAAAAAAAAAUAGGGAGGAAACUGAUGCUUUUUUGGUUUGGAUAGGAGGCGAUGAGAAAAGAGAGGAGGGGCAGAAGGAGAGAGCGAGAGAAGGAGAGAGAGAAAAGUGGGUGGGAGGGAGGACGGACGUGAGCCCGCUGACGAGAGCUUUCCUAUCAAUUAAUAAUGAUAAAAAAGAGCUGGUGAAAAGGACGCUGGCAUGGCUCUGUGGAGGCUGGCACUCAGGACGUCAGAUAUGACUGCAGCAGCCUGCUGACAUGAUCAUUGAGGCAGACUCGGAUGGGAUGGCAGCAGACAUCGGGCAUGCAGGUGGCGGACUGAAGACGAUCCUUGAUGCCAUGGAAGUACCAAGUCACGCGAGGGAUCUCCUCCUGCAGCUUAACAGCCAACGCACCAAAGGAUUCCUGUGCGAUGUCAUCAUUGUGGUGCAAAACGCUCUCUUCCGGGCACACAAAAACAUUCUGGCGGCCAGCAGCCUCUACUUGAAGUCCUUGGUGGUCCACGACAAUCUCAUCAACCUUGACCACGAGAUGGUGAGUCCUGGGGUCUUCCGGGUCAUUCUGGACUACAUCUAUACAGGCCGUCUCACUGAUGGGGACCCUGCCUCUCCCACCGAACCCAACCUGGGUGCUGUUUUGGCUGCGGCUAGCUACCUGCAGCUGCUCGACUUAGUAGCUCUGUGUAAAAAGAAACUCAAAAGAAAUGGCAAGUACCCUCCUCGCACCGCUCCAGCCUUCCUGCCUUAUGCAAAGAUGGGUGGUAUGGGGUUAGGCAACGGAGGCCGCUACAGGGUUUCCACUCCUGUCAUCCAGUCGUGUCCUCCUGGGGGGAUUAUGAACAGCCACACAUCCCGGCCUCCACCGCUUGAGGAGCUUGUUCCCCAUCGGCUCGCCAUUCAUGCUGGCGAGCUGUACGCCCCCACCUCCACCCAAGGCCCUCAGGCCUUCCCAUCCAUGCAGUCUGUGCUGCCGGCUCAGCUUAGCUUGCGUUCAGCGCUUCCGGAGAGGAACUGCUCCCCGAACUAUGGCCUGGAUCUCUCCAAGAAGAGUCCUAACUCCCAGUCUCAGCACACCCCCUCCCAGUCCCAUGUGGUCAGCACCCACAAUGACGAGGAGCGAGACGGGACCCUGAGCGGACGCACAAGCCCCACACAGGGAGCCAACGGCAGGGCCUUUCCUUCUGAAAAAAUGGAGACCACAGAUCAGACAAGUGCUCUCACUCCACCACCCUUUCCCCACAACCAACCCCUUGGCCCCCACCUCCCCCACCUUCAUCGCUCGGGCUCACAGAGCACUGACCGCUACCCGUGCCCGCCAAGCCCGGACACCCUCACCGAAAUCGGUGAGGCCGGAAGAGAAGUGGGCAACAUCUACCGCUGGGUAAAACAUGAGCCGCUGCCGUACACGGCAGAGGACGAGGAUGAAGAUGAGGAUGAGGAAGAAGGGGGUGAAAAUGGAGAACGGCGGCACAAGGAAGAGAGCGAGGGGCCAGACGACAAGAGUGGCUCCGGCACUGAGGAGACUGGCAGCAGUGAAGGCCGCCCAUCCCCUUCCGGACCCAUGGGGAGGUUCCACGUUCCGUACGAGCCGGAGAGUUUCGGUGACAAUCUCUACGUGUGCAUCCCCUGUGACAAGGGCUUCCCGAGCUCGGAGCAGCUCAACGCGCAUGUGGAGACCCACACAGAGGAAGAGCUGUAUGGCAACUCGGGGGGCGAAAUAGGAAACAGUAACAACGGCAAGAACAUCAGCAGCAGCACGAACGGUUACGGCGGGUUGAGCGGGAGUGGCACCCUGAACAUCCUGUCCCACUUGGAGACAAAGUCCAGCCAUGCUUUGGCUUCAGGGGCCAUCGGGGAGAUGAUCCGUCCGUACCGCUGUUCCUCCUGCGACAAGUCCUAUAAGGAUCCAGCAACUCUGCGGCAGCAUGAAAAGACCCACUGGCUUACCCGGCCGUACCCGUGCAGCAUAUGUGGCAAAAAGUUCACCCAGCGCGGCACUAUGACGCGCCACAUGCGCAGCCACCUGGGCCUCAAGCCCUUCGCCUGCGACUCCUGCGGCAUGCGCUUCACUCGCCAAUACCGUCUCACCGAGCACAUGCGCAUCCACUCUGGGGAGAAGCCGUACGAGUGCCAAGUGUGCGGUGGGAAGUUUGCCCAGCAGCGCAACCUGAUCAGCCACAUGAAGAUGCACAGCAGCGGGGGCACGGCCGGCGGCCUGACCGCCGAAAGCAAGCUGAAGCUGGACUUUGCGGAGGGCAUCUACCCCCUGAGCAAGUACACCGCCGAGCACCUGGGGCUCAAGCAGGAGAAGGCCAAUGAGCUCCUUCUCCAGGCACAGCAGCAGCUGGUGGCCGACGCCAAGGCCAUGGAGAGCCUCUACCCGCUCUCCAAACUGGCGUCGGAGCACCUCGGGGCUCUCGGCCACGACAAGAUGGACGUCUUAUGCCAAGCCCUCACCCCUCCCCAGCAGGGCCUCUCUGAGGCCCGCACCAUUGACCGCUACUCGCCCAGCUAAGACCAUCGACCACCACAUGCCACAUACAGUAUUCUGACGCUGUUCACCUCAAGUAAAUAACCCCUGUGCACCUCAGACUAUGUCGACUGUAAGUGCCUUUCUAUGCAUCUAACCUUUGAAGCCUCCUACCACAAGGAGCACUGUGCUAUCUAUCCUGUGACCAAAGGACACUUGCCUGAGAGCAGUAUUUAUGUCUGUGUGUGCAAAAAACAACAAUUCCAGCCAUUGAGCCAAAGCAUAAACCAUUUCUUAAAAUGCGUAUUUAUAUUUUUGUAUUAUGACAUCCAAAGAGAAGCUUAAACCCUUAAACCUGUGUUAUGAGAAUCAAGUGUAAAAGAUUCAGGGUUUGUGUCCAGAUCUGAGUGCGUCAACUCAUCUGGACUUCAAAACAAUGGGAGUUUUCCUUUCUUGAGUUUUCCACAAUGUGUUAAUUUGGAGUCACUGAUGGAUCAUGUCUUCGGUGCAGGCCGUGUGGGUUCAGUUCCCGCUCAGAACGUGACUGUGAAUGGUUGUCUGUCUCUAUAUUUGCCUUUUGCCUUGACUGGCAAUCAGUCCAAGCUGUACUCUGCCUUUCGCCCUAUAUCCGCUGGGAUAGGCUCCAGCUACCCACAAUCCUGAAUAGGAUAAGUGGUAUAGAAAAUAUAUGUACUGUAUGUAUGGCUAGAUGGUAUUAAUUUCGCGUUAUUAAACAGUUGAUAACACUCAAGAUUGUCCCCACAUGCAGUGACUUUUUAUUUCCACAUUUUGUUAAGCCAUUUCUAGCAAUUGCAGCUCAUUGAUAACUCUAGACGUGUUCUUUAUGUCCCGUCAUUGUUCGUGAGGAGUGGUCGAUUGCAAUCUAAUGAUCUCACGGCCGUGAAAUGAUCGUACAUACCCGACUGGUGAACACACAAAAAUCCCUGUCCGUCAACUUGGGCCGUCACCCCGUAUGACAGGAGCAAUUGCUCCAUUUAGCAUGAUUAAUUGCACAGCGCUAAUCGGGGCUCCCGGGAUUUGACCCCCCUGGUGUCACACAUGUGAGGCCCUGCUACCAUUGACAUGCCAAAGUGAGUGUUUAAUGCACACGCGCCUUAUCUCCCCCCCCUCUAUUUCACACACGAAACUGCUAAUCUGUCAGUGAUACGAGCACUAGGCCCUGGUUGUAGUCCGGCCCAGCUGUUGCGCGGCGGUAAUCCCUGUGAAAUCCCGCUUUCUCUUGGAGAAUUCGCGCACACCACGUCCCAUUUCAUGCCUGCCAUUCCCUCAGCACUACUUAUUCUGAUGCCUUGAAUACCACCCCCGCCGUCCCCUCUCGCAUCUCCAUGCCGAUAUCAAAGCCACAAAAACAACAAUGAAAUGCAUUUUUUUGUGCAUUUGGGGCUGAGCAGCAGUCAAAAAAACAAGAGCACUUGAAGUUUGCGGGUUUGAAGGCACAUUUUUUCGUUAAAUUCUAAACGUUUAUCCCAAAGAACAUCCAGAGAACUUUUCCCUUGGUUUCUUUCCUCCACUUUCACUCAUCGCUAAUUCAGAUCAUCUGACCACUAUAGUGCCUACGUCAACCUCAGAGGGUGAAUGUGAAGACUUUAAAGCCAUAAACACACUGUGAUGGACCGAGUGACUUUUAGCUGAAAAAGAUAAACAAAAAAAACAAAAACAAUGUGCCUUACGUUUUGGGCUUUUUAUUUUUAUUUUUAUGUAACAGUCAUUUUAAGGCAGUGGUGGGGAACCUUUUUACAUUUUAAACAAAAACACGAGCUCUUGUGGGUUAAAUGUUUUUUGGGAUUUUUAUAAUAAUUCCUCUGAGUUUUUUAAAAUUUGUUUUCAUAAUCCAUCGGCAUGCAUGUGUUCCCCACCCUUGCUUUGAGGGGCUUCAUUUGUGUAACAUAUGUCCAAUAGCAAACCUGUUGUUUCCUGUCACUUUUUCUUGUCCAACCAAAGUAGUGCACAUGAAAACUGGUGCUUACCUCAGGACCACACACACACACACACACACACACACAAACACACACACGCACACACACACACACGCGCGAGAUGUAUGCACAUGUACACACAUAUAGACACGCAGUUGUUCUGUUUUUAAACCUGUGGAUACUGUCUGUUUAUACAUUAGUUUUGCAGCAGAGUGAUGACAUUUGAUAUUGCUUUUUUAUUGUUAUUAUGAUUAUUAUGAUGCGUCGUACACUUUCCAUUGUGUUGUCCUCAAAAAAAAAAAAAAAAAAAAAAAACAAGAGGCGUCUGCGGGUCUGCCCCGGUCGGUGGCUGUCUUCACGGGCUGUCUGUGAACAUCAGAACCGCACUCGGGGCCGAGCGCCAUGCCAUGUUGAUGUUGUUUGGGUUAAGAGUGAAGCUUCCAGGGACUUUUUACAGCCCAUAUGACACAGUGCUUGCGAGCUAGAGGCAACACAUACACACAUAUAUGCAGUAUACACACACACACACACACACACACACACACACAGGAGGCCUGCGUGUGUUUGGAGGACACCUUUUUCAGUUUUGGGGUUUUAUUCUUUGAUGUGUGUUUAUUUGUUAUGAGAGAAUGUGGAAAUUUGAGCCCUUCAUUCACUAGUUUUAAUGAAAAUCUGCCCCCUCCCCUUCACUGUUAUAAAAACACACACACAUUUUCCUUUGUAGCUCCAAAUCUAAGCAAGGAGGGGACCUGUUAGAUAAAACCUUUUUUACCACGAGAAGCUCUAGUGAACACACAUGCACGCACGCACCCAGACACACACACACACACACACACAUGCACACGCACACACACUGACAGAAAAAUAAGAUGGAUGAGCUCAAAAAUUUGAACAGAAAAAAAUACACCUUACCUGUGUUUUUGUUAGAUAGAGAACAGAAAGAAUCUGUCUUUAAAUUUAAAUGCCUGAAUCUUGUGGUUUUUAGGCUGGCAUUAGCCAUGAAUCACUCUUGGAGCUGAGAACAAUAAACAAUUCUCCUCGAUAAAGUCUCCGAUCGUCAAUCAAAAAUUUCAAGUCAAUCAAAAAUUUAAAAUUUUAUAUUUACGGCACGACAUCAAACAUUUUAUAUUUUUGAUGUCGUGCCGUUAUCCGGGGAGGUUGAAAAAAGUAAUGAGCUGUUUUUGACAAAGCUAGGAGGAGAAAGUACAUAUAUCUGUUUUCAAAUGUAUGCGGUAGAGUAAAAGUAAAACGUCAGAAAUAGAAAUACUCAACCAAAGUUACAUUUUUGAAGGAUUGUCUGAGAACGUACAGUACGUGAGUGAGUGAAGUGCUUUUGUCGAUCACUAUAGGAGCCGGAAGUGUUUGCUUGUCUGUUUAUGCCAUCGGAGCGUGCGAAGCAGGGCCUAAUAAACGUCCUGGGAAUUAAGGCGGGUGCGAAGGAGACGAGCCGAGGAGCAGGAAGUGAACUUUUGGCUGUGGCGCAGGAUGUGUCGAGGCAGAUAGAGAGGGAGAAGAGCCAGGGUGAGAGCAAGCAGGGUGGAGCCCGAGCCAUUGUCCGCCUAUGAAAAGGUUGCGCGGACUUCGAAAGCGCUCCAUUCACAAAACAAGUCGACGGUAUCUUUGCUUUUCCUUCCCUUCUUUGCUCGUUUGGGAAUAAACCCAUGCUCAGUGUCACGGUGAUACGGCCGCACGCACUGGGAGGCAUUCAAGCGCUUUGUGGCGAGGAUGUGGAUUUUUCGUAAGGGGGGGAAGAAAAUAGUGGGGUACCAAUCGUUUAGGUAGGCUACACACCAGGAAAAGUACAGUAUACUUACUUAAAAAAUAAAAAUAAAAUUCUCUUCCAAUGGCAAUGUUAUAAACCGCACAGAAUACACAAAUCAUUUUUCAUUCAUUAUAACACUUCACAACUGUAAAAACAUUUGAGCAGAAGAAGCAACAUAGAUCAACUGAACUGCACAAAUUGUUGCUAGGCAGAAUUUUUAGGGCUCACCUAAUCCUGCCCAUAGACGAAUGCAAAAAAGUAAAAAAAACAACCCUGUAUUUUUCGGAUUAUGAGGCAUGUUUAUUCACAUUAAACUGCAUACCAACAUUAAAAAAAAAAGAUUUGUCAUGUAAUAUUAUAAAUCACACAAAAAUCAUUGUAAAACUUGACAAGUAAAAUUUAGUAGAAUUAAAAUAUUAGCAAUCUGUCAGAUGCUCAAAUUGUUUCCCUUAAUCAUGUGACAUUUAACACAUACCAACACUUCCCCAUAAACCAAUGGAAAAAUUGCUAAAUUGCAAUGACUUGUAAACACAGUACUUUAAGGAUUAUUAGGGGACAUUUACACAUGUUAAACAUAACUUUUUUUAAAAUUAAAUUUCUCUUUCAAUGUAAAACAUUUCACAAAUGACUAAAGCAUUUACACAUAAACAAAUAUGAGCAACCGAGCAGACAUGGUUAAAUAUUUCAGAUUAUCUACCCUGGUCGUGUCAUGAUUGGUACUUGCUGUUCGGCAGAGUUCAUAGGGCUGACCUCGUCCUGCGCCAAAGACCGAUGGGAAAUUUAUACGAAAAUUACUCUCAAAACAGCACUUUUAAGAUUAUGAUGUAUGUUUGUAGGCUGCCUAAAUUGCCCGUAGUUGUGAAUGUGUGCGCGAAUGGCUGUUUGUUUAUACUGUACGUGCCCUGCGAUUGGCUGGUGAUCACUUCAGGGUGUACCCCGCCUCUCGCCUGGAGUCAGCUAGGAUAGGCUUCAGCACGCCCCUUGACCCUUGUGAGGAUAAGCGGUAAGGAAAAUGGAUGGAUCGAUGUUUGUACACAUUACCGUGCUUUUAAAUUCUUUUUAAAUCCUCACAUUUCGCUUGUCAUGUUCUAAAUUGCACAUAUCGCAAAAAUGGUUCAUUCAAAGUCUUCACAACUUUCACUUUUAGAGCAAUGGAAAAAAAAAAGUAAGAAAAUUACUUGCCAAAACAGCACUUUUCUACUCUCUAUUAAGUAUAAAAUUCCCAGUCCGCCUGCGAAUACUGGUGGAGCACUGCCCCUUUGCCAUUAUCACAUUAUUUUUUUUAAGUAUUAACAUCAAUGUUUCACACACAAUUUAAAAAAAAUUCUGAGAAAGCACACCUAAAGAUCUUGAGAAAUUCAUAUUUUAUUUCUAUUUCCAUACAUUCUUCUAUGGUGCCUGUCCUCUUCAAGCGUAUGGCGAGAGUCACUGCCUAAUAUAUAUUGAAAAAAAAGUUAUCAUUUGUCGUUGACAAUGGCAUUUAUUUGUCACAGAAAAGCUCUUUUGGCCUCCAGCGUAGUUUUAAAUGAAGCUGCUUUGAAAAUGACGAAUAAGGCUUUUAUGAAAUUCCAUUAAUUAGACAAAUCCAAAUAAAUGCUUUUUAAAUAUUUAAUCAUGUUUGAUUUCUUAAGUCAUUGCGAGACCCAUAACUUUUAUAACAGUAACAGAAUAGAAGUUUAAAAAAAAAAGAUGGUCUGGAUGAGUUCCAGCAGCCUAAGAUGGACAUUGGCUUUUAAAGCCUCUCCCAACAAAUUGGGGGCGGGGGCGGGGCGGGGGGGGUAGCACUAACCCGACGUUACUUAAAAAAGAAAAAUCUGAGAGUCUUUGCAGUUUUAUGGAUUCACGAGCUGGCUCUGCAACGUUGCCUUUUAGUGUGGAUAAUCAUAGGGGUCAAAAGCCACUAUUGUCCAGUGCCUUUUUAUUUAUUUUUUUAAAAUGAAGUGCCAAAUUACGUACAAAAACCAUCCAUUUUCAUUGCUGGAGCUAAGAAUGGACUCUUUCGUGCGUGACUGUGCACGCCGUUGCUAUAAGUGAGCGUUAUCGCUGAUCUUGUCGGUGAUUUGGCAGCGUUAUCGUCCGCGUGUGUCAUGUUUGUGCACCUGUGUCCACCAGAGCAUCUUCCCCCAUACUUGGCUUCAUUCUGAGCAGCUGCUUCACAUUUACGUUUUUUUAUAUUGUGAUGCUUUUUAUUACCCGUACAAUCCCCUAAAAACCCUGCAUUUGCCUUCGCUCUGACACUUGAUUCCUGUCACAAUUUUCCUCCCCUUCACGAUCACAAACUACAUCCAACAAUGCAUUCAUAUAUUGAACCUUCCCUGAUUUUUGGUACCCAUGAUGUGACUGUGUAAAUUAAUGUUUUCCUCAUCGAAUGAUGAAAACAAGUACACAUGCAAAUACAUGGAUUUCACACUUCAGAAUAGCUCAUGCAUUUAUAUCUUGAGCUUUCCCAGAUUUUUGGUCCCCACAUUCAAAGCCAUAUGACUGUGUAAACUGUCUUACAUCAGAUCAUUUCUAAAAGCUUUUUUUUUUUUUAAAUUUAUGUACAUCCCCUGAAAGUCCCACAUUUGCCUUCCCUCUGGCCCUCACCCUUCCUCCCUAAAUCUUCCUCACCUUUCAUUAAACACAAGCAGCCCCCGUCCCACGCCCCAAUCCACUUACUUCCAGCUGUUUCUCAUGCUGAAGAAGACACUUGUCUAAAUGUUUACACCGCGGGCUACUUUCUUUUUCACUAAGCCCUGAUCGAUUUCCAAAAUGAAUCCCGCUCCCGCAUGCGUUGACCUCUGGUGUAUGAUGGUUACCCCCCUCCACCACCUCCCCAAGAAAAGGGCCCCCAGAAGGAGAAUUAAAACCAAAAGAAAUGUGAAAUACUGCUCGGAAAGAUGCCAGUAAAGUAAACAUGUAUGAAAUUGCACAAUUGUGCCGGAGCCUCAGGGUGCACAGCAGCCAAGUCAUGCGCCCAGAUGAAGGGAACGAGGAAAAAUAAGUGAAGGCAGACACAAACUAUAAGAAAGAGAAGAGAUGGAAAAAUAGCAUCUUGCCUCGCCUGCUUUUCUUUUCUGUUUGGUGAACUUUAAAGUGUGCUUACCUUUAGGAAAUGAUGCAGCUCAUUGUUACACUCUUUGGUGCUCAUCUGUCAUGUCAACCCGCCCUCACAGUCAACAUUUAAGCUUCACUGCAGCCUGACGAGUAGCAAAAGUGCAGCUUCUGGCCAAAAGAAUCUGUUACAGGAAGAACACAGUCAUUUUUUUCCACUUUUAAUUCACAGCGUCUCUAUUAAGGACUUGGACUUAGUAGUAGUGGAAUUUAGUAGGAUUUUGCACAAAAAUGCGCUGCAAAUAUUUUUUGUAGUACUUGAAAUUGAUUUUUUUUGGGGGGGAAAUGUAGCAGAUAAAAUGUAGCAUUUUUGUGGCAAUAUAUGACUUUUCUUUUAAGAUUAAUUAUGUUUUUGCAGACAUUCAAAUAUUAUGUGUAACAUUUUUGUACAAUUUUCCUCCUAAAUUCUGAUUUUUGGUCCCCAUCUAGCCAGAGGUUUCCUUUAUGUGACUCUGUAAACUAUAAUCUAUCCCCAUACAGUGAUUAGUACCAGCAUACACAAAUACACUUGCACAAAUUGGCUAAUUGUAAAAAUGUCACAGAUACCUGUAGACUAGCACAUGCAUUCAUAUUUUAGGCUUUUCCUGAUUUUUGAUCCGCACUCUCAAAGAAAAUAUCAUUGUAAACUGACUUUUGUCCAGGCCAAUUCAAAAACUUCAUAGAUACCUUCAAAUUAGCUUCAGCUUUCACAUUUUCGACUUUCCCUGAUUUUUGGUCCCCACGCUGAACUCCAUCCCCAUGCUGUGACUGUGAAAACUUGCCUUUUGUCCCUAUCGACUGAAGAAUACUAGUGCACGCACAUAGACAAAUGGGCCAAUGCUAAAAGCUUCACAUACAUUCAUAUUUUGGACUUUGUGCGGACUUUGUGGUCCCCAUGCUAAAUGACAUCUGCUUGGUAUGACUGUGUAAAUGGACUUUUGUCCAGGCCAAUUCUAAAACGGUUGCAGAUGCCUUCAAAUUAGCUUCAACAUUCACAUUUUCGGGUACCCCUGUUUUCGGUGCCCACACUGAAAGACGCUGCCAUGAUGUCUUUGUGUGAACUGACUUUUAGCCCCAGAGAGUGACAGGGACCAGUAUACACACAUGCACUCAAACACCACAUAUAUGAUCGUGCCAAUUCUAAAAAUUGCACAGUUUGUGGAUUAAUUUAUUUGGCUUUCCCUAAUUUUUGGUCCCCACUCUGAAAAACAACCCCGAGAUGUGACUGUGAAAACUGACUUUUGUCACAAUAGAUCCAUGAAUACCAGACACACACACAUGAAUGCCAAAAAACUUGUAGACAUUUUCAUAUUUUGAGCUGUCCUUGAUUUUUGGUCCCUAUGGUGAAAGAUGUCCCCAUCCAAAAUAUGACUUGGACAGAUUUUUGUCCCCAUACAGCAGGGGUGUCAAACAAAUUUUUGUCACGGGCCAUAUUGUAGUUAAGAUUUCCCUCAGAGGGCCAUUAUGACUGUGAAACCAUAAAAAUCUUUAAUCGCAUCAUCAUAUUUACACACGAAAUUUAUGAACUAGUUUUGGAAUCAGAAAUCAAGGGUAAUUGGGUUUUCAACUAUUGGUCAUGAUUGGUAACACAAAAAUGCUUGCAGUAUCUCAACAUUAUCAUUUAAGAUAUAUGACCAUUUGAAAUUUCAGUGCAGAUUUUAACAAGAAUCAUGGAAGGUGACACACACGAUUUGCCAUCGCGGGCCACAUUAAAUCAAGUGGCGGGCCGGGUCUGGCCCCCGGGCCUUGAGUUUGACACCUUUGCCAUAGAGUGAUGACUACCAGUACACACUCAACAACACCAACAAUUGGGGCAAUGCUAAAAAUGUCACAAACACAUUCAUAUGUGGAGCUUUCUUUGAUUUUUGAUCCCGACACUGAAAGAUAUCCCCAUGAUGCAAUUUAUGUAAACCGACCUUUGUCUCCGUGUUAUGAUGAAAACCAGAACUCAGGCACAGCCAUGCAAACAGAAACACACGGCUGGCCUGCAGACUCCAGAUUAGAUCAGUUUUAAUGAGGUUGCAAUUCCACGUUUGGAGUGUCACUUCUCGUUGAAAAAGUCAUUUUAAGGAGUGGGCGAUCGGAGUGAACACACAGAAGCACGUGCCAAGAUCUAACACAGCCUUGGGGUCCUCCUCUCACACACACACACACGCACACACAGACAUGCAGCAAAGAUUACGUGCAGGAUUGAUGGAUUGGGCGGGUGGCGGGAUUAUGAUCUAAUGAGGAUGACUGCAAUGUCUUGUGCCCGACUGCGUCGUGGUUCAGGGAGAAAAAAGUUCAGCUGUGGGACACACUUCCACGCUGACAGCGCAGCGCACAUGGAAACACAAACACACACACAUUUGCAAUGUCUUAAUUCAGAUGACAUGUUAACUGUGUUGUCUGUCAGUCACCUUUAAAGCAAUACAACCAAACAGUAUUUCUGCCUUCUUUUUUUAAUGUCAAUAUGCUUUUAAUGAAAUGAAUGUAUUUAUUGCAUGUCCAUUUGUUUUAUAGUUAUUUGUUUGUGUACAUUUCAUCUGUGGAUUUUUAUAUAGGAUAUAUAAAUCUAAAAUGUCAUUUAUUAUGAUAGAAAUGAUGUUGAUAAGGUUUUUAUUUUUUAAAAGCCAAUGUGAAAACAUUUUGCAGUUUGUUUUGUCGCUAUACUCCAAAUCUUCCUGGCAAUAAAGUAC